CCCCAUAGUAGUCUGCUCUCCAAAUGGCACAACAGCUUGUUAUUCAUAUAUGUAUACAAUUCCAUGAAACAUGGCCAAAAGGUUCUCGUUGACGGAAGAAAAGCUAAACGAUCUUUUCGUGGAGGAGGUAGCCAGUGUGGUGAAACUGGUGGGUCGGUUGCCCGCCAAAGAUCAGAUUGCCCCCAUCUGCACAAGAUGGCUCAACAUUUUCCAGCAGUCUACGCCGAGAGAAAGAUUUUCCCGAAACUAUAUGCUUUUGCUCCUCCACAAGCAACUGAACGAGCAGAAAACUUUGGCCUAUCCAUUCACGCAUUCCAAGACUUCUCAGAUGGAUUUGCCCACUAUCCACCAGAUGAGCCUAAAAAUGGAUAACAAAGCGGAGCAUCAAAGUGGCGCAAUUGGUGACGAGUGCAAAUCUAGCGAAAGCUUGGAUGAGGAGGAAUUGUCCUCCUUCAGUUCCUGCGAGAAUCUAGAGCAGGCCAACCUUAGGUUGGUUGACGAAAAUACAGAAUUGUCCAAGGAGUUGCAGGAGCUGCAGAGUACGUUUGAAAAACUGCAGGUGAAGCGGGAUAAGAGCGAGAAAGCCAUUCAAAUGCAUUGUGAACAGAUUCACAUGCUCGACAAGGAGAAUCGCUACUUGAAGCGAAUCUUCGCCUGCUCUUCGAUCUACGCUCUAAAGCAACUUUGCACCGGACAGGAUCCGGGCCUGUUCUUCGACACCCUGUACAAUGUUCUCUGCGAAGAGGAAUCAGACUAUCAGCAGGUUAAGCACUUUAACGAGCACUUUAAGGCCCUGCUGAAUGCCCACAUGGAGCACUUCCAGCGGCAGCAGCGCGCUCCUUUGUUGGAGCAGGUUAACAAAAGGUACGACAAGCUGCGAUCAAAGGUGAGCAGGAGGUACAAAAAUGUUAUGGCCAUGAAACUGGAUGCCCAGGGCCAGGAGCUGACCCUCAGUGCCAUGCGGUAUUUGACUGUUUUGAGAAGACUAUUCCUCGAGACCUUUGAGGGCAAAGCUAGCACCAAGAAGGCCGUCGUUAAGUUGCUCGAGCAGAGCUACGAUCAAAUGAGCGAGAUGUUGUAGGGAAGGAGCAGCUCACCUGGGAAUCAGCCGCUCGCACUGCAGCAUGUGCUCCAAAUUGAGAAUUUGAUCUGCAAU